AUGCUCCUUCUCCUAUUCAUACCAAUCCUUAUUCUUAGUCUCCCACAAUGUUUCGAAUCGUGUAGCUGUGUGGAUUUCAAGACUGAAACUGAUGGGUAUUGCGCAACUUCGUGGAUUUCAAAGGUGAAAGUUUUGUCGAAAGAAACAGAUGGGCUGGGAUUGAUGAUGUCAUAUCGUUUGGAACAUUUGAAAGUUAUCAAGGCACCAAAAGACAUAACGCUACCAGAAAUUAUGAACACAGCUACACAGGAGAGCGCAUGUGGACAGACAAAAUUCAAAGUGGGCAAGGAGUAUAUUUUUGGAGGAUCCGCUGCCAACAAUGACUCUCUUCUAAUCACGUUCUGCGAUUGGCGAGUCCCCCUGAAAUACAUCGAUGAGACAAAACUGGAAAUGAAGCCGACGUGGAAAAAGUUUGUGGACUCGGUCGGAAAGUGUCCAGCACCCCCAACAACACAUUGA